CAGACAGACGACAGACGAGGAGAGAAAACAAAAGAGAGCAGGCCCAAAGCAGCUGAUGGUGGGAGUGAUGAAGGUUCCAAGUUGGAUUUCAAUUUUCGCCUCAUCGCAACAACUUGGGGUGUAGCUCGUUGAGCGAAAGUGAUUGAGAAGAUGGCGAGGAUGUUGGGCCAGCUGCGCGCCGUCGUUGCGAGGCUGAACGGUGCCAGCUCUCUAGCGCCUCUGCCUCUCCUGCAGCACAACCUAACCUCGCCAAACCUGCAUCAAGUGCGCACAGCCGUCGGCGCAUUCAACUCCCAAGGAAGCGACAGCCUUUGGAAGAGUAUCACCAUCGUCAGCAAGAACGGAGCGCGGCGAGGACGAGGCAAGAAGACCAACUCUCGCCUGAUCAAGGACCUGUACAAGGGCGUUGCUUUAGGAACAGGACAGGGUGACAACAAAAUGGUGUGGCCCGGACUGAACACCAGUGUUCUGAGGGGAAGACAAGUGGUCCAGCAGGGGAAGAUGGAAGAGAAGGAAGACCCUAAUGCAGCAGUGAAAGAGGCAAAGGAUGAGGUGCAGUCAAGACGCAAACUGCACCCAUUGGACAGGGGCUUCACCAGUGUCAAUGUGUGUGGGCGCAACUUGAAAAACACUACAAAUUUAAAUUUUCAUGAGGACUUUGACUUUCGUGUUAUAGACUCAAGAAACGUGUCUCACAUGACUGGAAUGUUUGGCAGAUAUCAACAGGCGGCAACUGUUGUAGCAUGUGGAAAUGGUAAUGGAGUGAUUGGACUGGGAGCCGGCAAGGCAUUGACUAGGAAUUCAUCUAUCCAGAAAGCAGCCAACAGAGCUAUUAUUAGGCUUGUUCAUGUUGAGAGAUACAACAAUUCAACAGUGUUGCAUGACUUCUUUUCUCAGUACUAUGCAACAAAAAUUUUUGUCACUCGGAAACCGGAAGGUUACGGCCUAAACUGUCAUCGAGUUAUUGCUUUGAUGUGCAGGCUUAUUGGUAUCAAAGACCUAGAAGCAACAGUUGAAGGAUCAGUUAUGCCCAUGAACAUUGCAAAAGCUUUUCUCCUUGGACUAGUCCAACAAAAGAAAUAUGAGCAGUUUGCUGAAGAAAAGAAAUUGCAUGUAGUGGAAUUUGACCCAAAGCGCCGCAACUAUCCCUCUGUUCUGGCAUCGCCUGAGGUUUGCCGUAGUAAUGUUGAAAUCCCCACAUCUGAGAGUAUUGACUUUAAUCAGCAUGCCCUGGGUGGCAAAGUUAGGUUUGAAAAGCCCAAAAGGGCACCUUUCUUCGUCAGGCUGAAGGGCUGGGAAAUUCAUCUGAAGAGGACAGAGAGAAGACGUGGGGCUAAAACUAAUGAGUAUGAGCUUAUGGCCAAGUAUGGUGAGCUGAAUAGCUUUUUGACAGCCAAAUAUCCAGAGGCGGUCAGACCUGGUGCGACACCAAAGGAGUAAUCUUUGUAAUAAUACAUUUGUAUCUUAAUUUGUAAAUUAAAUGUUGAUAAAAUUA